AUGGAGGAGGAGGAGGAGGAGGAGGAGGCGGAGGAAGAAGAGGCGGAGGAAGAAGAGGCGGAGGAAGAAGAGGCGGAGGAAGAAGAGGCGGAGGAAGAAGAGGCGGAGGAAGAAGAGGCGGAGGAAGAAGAGGCGGAGGAAGAAGAGGCGGAGGAAGAAGAGGCGGAGGAAGAAGAGGCGGAGGAAGAAGAGGCGGAGGAAGAAGAGGCGGAGGAAGAAGAGGCGGAGGAAGAAGAGGCGGAGGAGGCCGAGGCGGAGGAGGCCGAGGAGGCGCCGGAGGCAGGAGGAAGAGGAGGAAGCCACAAGAAGUCUUAUAAUCUCUUAAACUAUGAGAGAAGAUUAAACCUCCAGGACACCUUGAAGACAUUAAAGAAACAAGAUCCACUUCAACAAGAAAUAUUUCAGACGCAAGGGGACUCAACAACAGUAAACAAUAUGAAGAAACUUUGCGGCGUGUCCGCCAAUGUAUCCUUCGAGGGUGUGUCCGUCAAUGUGACCUUCGAGGGUGUGUCCGUCAAUGUAUCCUUCGAGGGCGUGUCCGUCAAUGUAUCCUUCGAGGGCGUGUCCGUCAAUGUAUCCUUCGAGGGCGUGUCCGUCAAUGUAUCCUUCGAGGGUGUGUCCGUCAAUGUAUCCUUCGAGGGCGUGUCCGUCAAUGUAUCCUUCGAGGGCGUGUCCGUCAAUGUAUCCUUCGAGGGCGUGUCCGUCAAUGUAUCCUUCGAGGGCGUGUCCGUCAAUGUAUCCUUCGAGGGUGUGUCCGUCAAUGUGACCUUCGAGGGUGUGUCCGUCAAUGUAUCCUUCGAGGGCGUGUCCGUCAAUGUAUCCUUCGAGGGCGUGUCCGUCAAUGUAUCCUUCGAGGGUGUGUCCGUCAAUGUGACCUUCGAGGGUGUGUCCGUCAAUGUAUCCUUCGAGGGCGUGUCCGUCAAUGUAUCCUUCGAGGGCGUGUCCGUCAAUGUAUCCUUCGAGGGUGUGUCCGUCAAUGUGACCUUCGAGGGCGUGUCCGUCAAUGUAUCCUUCGAGGGCGUGUCCGUCAAUGUAUCCUUCGAGGGCGUGUCCGUCAAUGUAUCCUUCGAGGGCGUGUCCGUCAAUGUAUCCUUCGAGGGUGUGUCCGUCAAUGUAUCCUUCGAGGGCGUGUCCGUCAAUGUAUCCUUCGAGGGUGUGUCCGUCAAUGUGACCUUCGAGGGUGUGUCCGUCAAUGUAUCCUUCGAGGGUGUGUCCUCCAAUGUAUCCUUCGAGGGUGUGUCCGUCAAUGUAUCCUUCGAGGGCGUGUCCUCCAAUGUAUCCUUCGAGGGUGUGUCCGUCAAUGUGACCUUCGAGGGUGUGUCCGUCAAUGUAUCCUUCGAGGGCGUGUCCGUCAAUGUAUCCUUCGAGGGCGUGUCCGUCAAUGUAUCCUUCGAGGGCGUGUCCGUCAAUGUAUCCUUCGAGGGUGUGUCCGUCAAUGUAUCCUUCGAGGGCGUGUCCGUCAAUGUAUCCUUCGAGGGCGUGUCCGUCAAUGUAUCCUUCGAGGGCGUGUCCGUCAAUGUAUCCUUCGAGGGCGUGUCCGUCAAUGUAUCCUUCGAGGGUGUGUCCGUCAAUGUGACCUUCGAGGGUGUGUCCGUCAAUGUAUCCUUCGAGGGCGUGUCCGUCAAUGUAUCCUUCGAGGGCGUGUCCGUCAAUGUAUCCUUCGAGGGUGUGUCCGUCAAUGUGACCUUCGAGGGUGUGUCCGUCAAUGUAUCCUUCGAGGGCGUGUCCGUCAAUGUAUCCUUCGAGGGCGUGUCCGUCAAUGUAUCCUUCGAGGGUGUGUCCGUCAAUGUGACCUUCGAGGGCGUGUCCGUCAAUGUAUCCUUCGAGGGCGUGUCCGUCAAUGUAUCCUUCGAGGGCGUGUCCGUCAAUGUAUCCUUCGAGGGCGUGUCCUACAAUGUAUCCUUCGAGGGUGUGUCCGUCAAUGUAUCCUUCGAGGGCGUGUCCCGCAAUGUAUCCUUCGAGGGUGUGUCCGUCAAUGUGACCUUCGAGGGUGUGUCCGUCAAUGUAUCCUUCGAGGGUGUGUCCUCCAAUGUAUCCUUCGAGGGUGUGUCCGUCAAUGUAUCCUUCGAGGGCGUGUCCUCCAAUGUAUCCUUCGAGGGUGUGUCCGUCAAUGUGACCUUCGAGGGUGUGUCCUCCAAUGUAUCCUUCGAGGGUGUGUCCGUCAAUGUAUCCUUCGAGGGCGUGUCCUCCAAUGUAUCCUUCGAGGGUGUGUCCGUCAAUGUGACCUUCGAGGGUGUGUCCGUCAAUGUAUCCUUCGAGGGCGUGUCCGUCAAUGUGACCUUCGAGGGUGUGUCCGUCAAUGUAUCCUUCGAGGGUGUGGCCGUCAAUGUGACCUUCGAGGGCGUGUCCGUCAAUGUAUCCUUCGAGGGCGUGUCCGUCAAUGUAUCCUUCGAGGGUGUGUCCUCCAAUGUGUCCUUGAGGGCGUGUCCUCCAAUGUAUCCUUCGAGGGGCGUGUCCUCCAAUGUAUCCUUCGAGGGCGUGUCCGCCAAUGUAUCCUUCGAGGGUGUGUCCGCCAAUGUAUCCUUCGAGGGCGUGUCCGCCAAUGUAUCCUUCGAGGGCGUGUCCUCCAAUGUAUCCUUCGAAUGCGUGUCCGGCAAUAUAAGCAGCGUCCUCCUCCUCCACCCUGCCCUGACGUACAAACUUAACCAACAAAACUGUCUAAGAAAAAAAAAUACAGGCAACGAAGAUGUUGAGGAAGACGAAGGAGAACCACCGACCUUGCGGGGAGCACGAGCAACAAACGACAAGUUGCAUAAUGACAACUUAGAACCCUUAAACUGGGAGAAAACUGACAACCCUAAUCGGGCUUUGAUUCCCAACUCAGAAUGCGUGUGGCGGCGUCCAACAGCCUGGUUGAUCAGAGACCGGGCCACGGGAACACAGAUCCUCGGGGACCAACUGAAGUUGGAAAAAUGGUCAUUUGCACCACAAUCAGCUGGCACCAGUGGCACCAUUACCAGUGGCAGGGUCACCAGUGGCAGGGCCACCAGUGGCAGGGUCACCACGUGGCACCAUUACCAGUGGCAGGGUCACCACGUGGCACCAUUACCAGUGGCAGGGUCACCACGUGGCACCAUUACCAGUGUCACCAGUGGCAGGGUCACCACGUGGCACCAUUACCAGUGUCACCAGUGGCAGGGUCACCACGUGGCACCAUUACCAAUGUCACCAGGUGGCACUGGCACUACCACCCGGGGCCAUCAGCAGGAGCCGGACGUGUCGGCGGUGAAAUACGAGUCACGACACUGUCCUCAUUAUCACAGACACGACUGCGGACGACCUUCCAUCCUGCCUAAUGACCACUAA